GAGUCGGCUUCUCGGGUCCUUUCCACGGGGCUGAGGAGGAUUAGCAGCCAACAUGCCGACUGUCGGAGUGAAGAGGGAUCUCCUUUUUAAAGCUUUGGGAAGAACAUACAGUAAGUCACUUAAAAUAAACAUUACAGUGUUGAACAAGUCCUCCGUUUGGUUUAAAGAUCUGCUUCUGGCUUUAUUUUACGGAGGUGAGAGACGAGCAUGAAGUGACUAGCCCACUGGUUAGCAUCCAGUGAGCGACCCUCAGCACAGUUUACUCUUUAGACUUUAUCUCAAAUAUCCUCAGCUAUAUGGACAUUUGAAAAAGAAACCCGAACCUAACAGAUGCUUUCUUUUAGUUCUGUGUCAGGAAUGUUGAAUAAAACAGGAAAUAUAGUCCAUUGUAGGUUGUCGUAGUUACUGGGCUGUUGUCUUGGUUGCAUCAUAUCCUCCUGUCAUUGAAACCUGAUCAUGCGGCUCUGUACAGAUAACAAAUGCGCAAAUCAGGGUUGUAUUUUUCAAGCUAAGAUUAUACAUUUUAUUGUUCUUGUCAAUAUGAUGGCGUAAAACUCAUUUGUUUAGAUGUAAAAGGUUAUGAAGCAGAUUGAAAUGAAAUGAGUGUUAAUUAUGUCCCCUAAAAAAGACCCAGACCAUCAACACCAAGACUGACUGUUUCCAUCAUCUAAUAUUUGAUCCUUUGCACAACUGACAAGGAGAAGGGGGGUGGGAGUCAGACCACUAAAAGACUACAUUUUAUGCUGCAAAAUCCCCAAUGUUUGACACAUUUGACUGUUUAAAGACAACACAGUGAGAGUAUUUGUCAAGAAAUACUCCUCGGCAUGUACAGGACAAGAUCGAAAAAGCUUUAAGGUGUUUAUUUUAGGCUAUAGAGGCCUGAAACCAACACAAACAGCUUCAAAAAUAGUCAUUUUAAGAAACUGCCUGUGUGAAAUCUUUUGAUGCUAUUUGGCAAAGCUCUAUUUUUCAUACAUAAAAGCAGACAUCGUUACCUGUUGCUCUUUUUGUGGACUGAAACAGCUAUACAGCUGUCUUGGUAUUUUUCUCUAACUGCAUCUUUUGGCAAGAACUUUUCAGCUACUUCAUUGCAAUAUAAUGUAAUUCCGUCAUUAUACAAGUCUACUAAGGUCAUGAAGUCCCAAACAGCAAAAUCCACAAAUGGUGACAGCUAUUUAAUGCCUUUUGAACACAGUUUCAUAACUUGUUCCCACUAGAUAAUUUAAUACUUGACAGUUUAAUUAUCUUGUGAAAAAGAGUUAUUAUUUUAAGUGCACAAUAUUACAUUUUUUGAUCAAAAGAUUAUGGCUUUGCACACAUUCGAAUAAACAAAGAAAUUAACAGUUUUUGGGAAUUAAAGGACUGUGUGUCGAUCAAUCAAUCGAUCAAUCUACAUUUAUUUAUCUACAUUUAAUAAUAUAUUAUUAUUAUUAUUAUUAUUAUUAUUAUUAUUAUUAUCAUAUAGCAAUAAUACAUAUAAACUACUCAAUUGUCUUUUUAAUGCAAACCUUGAAGCCUCUCAUUAUGAGUCCACAUAUUUUGUUUAAAUUGCAGAUUUCAUUUUUCUAAAUACGUUGUACUUCCUCAUAUAUUUUACCUGUUAUUUAACCACUUUUGUCUCAGUUUUUCAGUCCUUUUUUUUUUUUGACUUACCACAUUUUCAAAAGUUACAUAAAACCAGCCAUUUACUGCUAACGGACAUAUGAAGCUGUUUUUAAUGAUUCCUGUUUCUUGUUUGUUUCAGCUGAUGAGGAGUUUGAUGAACUGUGCUUUGAGUUUGGACUUGAGCUGGAUGAGAUUGUAAGUCAAAUGUCUCUAUUUUCGUGAUCACAGAAUUUAAAAUUUCACUUUAUACUGUAACUGUUAAUGUUGUCAGUCAUUGAAAUGUCCCCUAUGAGUUGCAUCUGCUAGAGCCCUGACAGUAUUUGAAUCAUGAGUCAGGACUUACUGCUGCAUGCUUAUUCUGUCCCGCAUCUUUGGAGAUAAUGUAACUUUACAGAAAAAGACCUUUUUAUGCUCUGUAAUGUAUUCAAACAAUUACUUAUACAACAUAUAAAGAAUCUACUCCAUAAAAUAUAAGUGCAUACUCACUAGAUAUUCUGAAAUAUAAAACAAAAACAUGCUGUAACAUUAAGUUAUUAAUCAUAUGAGUCUUGAUGCCUCUUUGCAGACCUCAGAGAAGGAGAUAAUCAGCCGAGAACAGGGUGACUCCAAAGCCACAGGAGCAUCUGACAUCAUCCUGUACAAGAUUGAUGUUCCAGCUAACCGUUAUGACUUGCUGUGUCUGGAGGGUCUGGUCCGUGGGCUGCAGGUCUUCAAGAAUAAGUGAGUGGUGUCCUCUCGGAUAGAACUGAUCCACUACUCUGAACAGCAACAGUUUAAAGUGGGUAGGAAAGUUUUGCUGAGUGCUGCAGUACACAGCAGAGGAGUAUUAUCUGUAAAUCAGUUUGGAGGGUUGAUAUUUUUACAGUUGAAAAGAUGUCUUUAUUUUAACGGCUUUUAAACAAACACAAAUCCAUUCUCCAUACUGAGCUCGGUAAUUCGCUCCAGUCUUUCUGCUGAGAUUGAGUUUGUGUUGCAGGUUGGAGGCGCCUCACUACAGACGUGUGAAACCAGCCAGUGGGGAGCCUCAGAGACUGAUCAUAACGAAAGAGGUUGGUUUGAAUAUUUAUGAUUUAUGAUGACAAAGGCGAAUGGGGUUAUGUAUACAUCGUAUAUUAGUGCAAGGAAGAUAAAAAAAAAAAAAAAAAAAAAGCAGCAAGACCCUCAGAGAUAAAAAAAAAAAUAGUUGAUUAAACUGUGACAUUUGGAGCCCCUGGUCCUCAGCAGGGGUUCAACCCAGUUCACUUCAGUCCUGGGCACCACUGUUACUGUUUAGCUUUAUGACAUCAUGUGUGGUGAAAUGUGCUUUAGAAAUAUACUUGCCUUGCCUUUAAAUUGAAUUCAGUGUUUUUAUUAUAACUUCAGGGUUAUAUUCAUCUCAUGCAUCUCACUCUGUAUCUUCCAUGUGGUUUUAUUCCACCACACCUGACACCAGAGUGCCUUCAGGCUCAGUGGUGUGCAGAAUCUAAAGGUAGUAUGUUAGUGUGGCCCCUAUCUUUGAAAACACUAUCACCUGAUGAGCAGCAAUGACAGAAGCUCCUGGUUGAAUAAGUGAUGUUGAGUUUGUGUGUAGCUUCAUCUUUUUAUUUUACGUUGUGUACUGACAUGGUGAGCAGCUGUGGGUGAGUUAAAGGUUGAUAACGUGUUUUUUCUGUGCAGACAGCGGUGGUGCGACCUUACGCUGUGGCAGCUGUGUUGAGGAACAUAACCUUCACACAGGAGCGCUACGACAGCUUCAUCGAGCUGCAGGAGAAACUCCACCAAAACAUCUGCAGGUCAGAUAAAAUUUUAACUUCAAGUUUGGUGUCAAACAAGAAUGAACUUGUUCCUGAGUGUCAAAUGUGAAAGAAUGAGUGCAUUUCAUCAUCUACAGAACCUAAUAUCAUUAAAAGAUUCAGAGAAUCUGGAGAAAUCUCUGUACUAAAGGGACAAGGGCCAAAACCAAGACUGGAUGGUCCUGAUCUUCAGACCCUCAGACAGGACUCUGGAGUGGAAAUCACUGUGUGGGCUCAGAAUCACUUCCAAAAGGAAGCGAUAUGUAAACAUGAACCAGAAACACUGCCAGCAUUUCUAGGCCUGAGUUUAUUUAACAUGGACUGAGGGGAACAUUUGACAUUCUUGUUCAUGGAUGCUGCAUCCUCCUUUCUAGAGAGCAGAGAGAACACCCAGCUUGCUAUCAGCUCACAGUCCCAAUCCAGCAUCCAUGAUGGUAUGUGGUUCAUCAGAGUCCAUGUCAUGGGUAGCUUCUACAUCUGUGAAGGCUCCAUUAACGCUGAACAAUAUCUACAGGUUUAGGAGCAACAUCUGCUGACAUCCAGGCAAAGAGUUUUUCAGGGAAGACCUUCAUAUUUCAGCAAGACAACGACAAACCAAAUUCUGACAACAGGGAUUACAACAGCAUGGCUCUGUAGUAGAAGAGUCCUGCUGAAAAACUGACCGGUGGUUUUCCAAUCAAAUGUUUGCUAAGACACCAAACACUGAGCGGAAGCUUUCUUAUCCUUUUAUAUUAAAUGAUUUAAUGAUGUUUGUGUAGAAAGAGGAGCUUGGUGGCCAUUGGGACCCAUGACCUGGACACCAUCCGUGGUCCUUUCACAUACACAGCCAAGCCUCCAGGAGAUAUCUGCUUCAAACCCCUCAAUCAGACCAAGGACUACACUGCCACCCAGCUCAUGAGCCUCUACAAGGUGACCUGCCAACAGUCUUUAAUGCAGGUAGAGAGAGUCUUUUGUAUGUCUGUGCACAGUUAACCUGGUACUGUCCUCUAACCCCACACAGACAGACAGCCACCUGAGGCAUUACCUUCACAUUAUCGAAGACAAGCCAGUGUACCCUGUCAUCUAUGAUAGCAACGGGGUUGUCCUGUCUAUGCCUCCCAUCAUUAAUGGUGAGUUCUGUCUCUGUUGCUCUAACUGCAUACUACCCCUCACAUGUCCAAGUCUUUAAUUAUUCCAUGAUCAUAAAAAAUGGACAAAGGAAAGGUGUGAGAGACCAGAACUGAACUCUCUGUCCUAUAAUUGGUAAAAAUGUGUUUUCUUUUUUAAGGUGACCACACUAAAAUCUCCAUACAGACUAAGAACGUCUUCAUUGAGUGUACAGCCACAGACCUGACCAAGGUACAGAGACCAUGAGGGAAAAUCUCAUUUUUGUAUUUCAGUCUUUUUUUUCUGUUUUUGUGAGGUGACAGUGUCGUCUUGCUCUCUUCAGGCUAAGAUCGUGUUGGACAUGAUGGUGACCAUGUUCAGCGAGUACUGUGCACAGCCUUUCACGUGAGUCACAUAUCGCUGGUUUUAGUUCUCUGUGGGAUGAACUGAACGCAUGUUUUGGCUGAAUCUGAUUCUCUGGUCAUUUUCAAACAUAUACAAUUUGACAUUACUAAUAAAUCAAACAGUAAAUCAUGGCAUGCUGUUAUCUCUAUGGUUAGAAAAUGUCAUCUGAGCGAUGGUACAUGAGCUGUUUUCCAUCAUCUGUUAUAUGUUUAAGAAGAAUCUGUUUUACUUCAUCCUCCAGAGUCACGUAUUUGCUUAUUUGCUCAAAAACUUCGUUGUUGACUUUCAGGCUGGCUUGAUUUCACUGAUUACGGAAUUACCUCAUUUAAAGCUGCAGUAGGGAACUUUUGGUUUGUGCCUAAAGGUUUUUUUUUAUUUUUUUACAGGAAACUUUAAAUUUCAGGAUCUCUUCUUUGUGCCUGAAAUCUAAUUUUAACAGGAGUGUGUGCAACAGUGAGGGUGAUGUCUCUGCUUCUGUUUCUUUCAGGGUUGAGGAAGCUGAAGUGGUGUAUCCUGAUGGCACCGUCCACAUAUUACCGGUACUGGAACUUUUACUUGGUAUUACAUGCAAUAUAUAAAACAAUAGGCAUUAAUCAGCACAAAACACAGCUGAAGUUGCACUGAAAGCUUGAGAUAAUAACAACAACAACAAUAAUAAUCAUAAUAUUAAUAUGAAUAAUUAUUAUUAAUAUAAUAACUUUAUUUAUUUAGCACCUUUUAAAAACAUGUUUACAAAGUGCUUUAACAUAAGAAGCAAACAAAGGCAGAAACAGAGAAAAGAAAAUUGACGGUUAAAAUAAAUAAAAUGAACAGUUCAAAAUUGGUGGUUAGUGGUUGAGACGUGUUCUCCUUUAGUUGACCCCUCAGUAAUCCAGACUUUUUGUGGUCAUUUGCUGCUGUUUCAGAGUUUAAAGACCAUCAAAUGCUUGAUAAGAGAGAGUAGAGGGUGGUACGGCUGAUCCCCUUCAGUGUGAGAGAAAGUGAUACCCUUUCAUUGUCUGAAGAGGCUUUUGUGAGAGUCAUAAUUGCUCGAGGGCAGCCAGCUGACAGUGAGCUGUGCCAAAACUCGUGAAGUAGUUGACGCUUUGCCAGAGAAAGUCAAACCACUUGUCGCUAAAAGCUACAAAUACCUCACAGAUAAAAACCAUGUUAAUGCUGCAACUUCCCUCAGAAGAAGAAUUUCAGCUCAAAUGUAUCUGGUGGAGAGGAGGGAAUUUUUGGUAUAAUAUGAGUUUUGUCUGCUUUCCUCUAAUUCUCUGCGAUUGUGUCCUGUUUUAGGAGCUGGCUUACAGAAAGGAGAAGCUGUCCAGCGAGUUCAUCAACAAGAAAGUCGGCAUUAAGUGAGUCCUGUGGGUCUGCUCUGUUACGGCUUAAUUCCAGCAGAUCUGUGUUCGGUGCGCUUCGCUUUGCUGAGAUGUUUCACUCUAGUUGACGUAUUUGAUUCCUGCGCUUAGUUUCUGCUCCGUCUCAGCACCCUCUACUGUAUAAAGGCACAACCUCUAUUUUCACUGGAUGCUGGACCACGGCACUUCAGAAGUAGUCAUCUGGAACACCUCUGACAAAUUUAGGGUUCUAAGAUGCUUAUUAGCUUUUGUCUGACGCUGGAAUAUUUCUGUGUGUCUGUAUCUCCCUGAACACGUGUUUCAGUGAUCAGUAUUGUUUUGGUUUUUUUUCUUUUGACAGUGAGUCCACUGAGAAAAUCGCUCAGCUCCUGACCCGGAUGUGCCUGAGCUCGCAGCCUACCGGUAACGGCGAUGAGAUCGAGGUUGAGAUCCCGCCGACACGCUCAGAUGUGAUCCACGCCUGUGACAUCAUGGAGGAUGCCGCCAUGGCUUACGGGUUCAACAACAUCCCCCGCACCACACCUCGAACUUACACCGUAGCCAAUCAGGUGCUUUGUUUUUCUUCUGUGUGCAUAUAUUUUCCUUUGGUACAGUUUAAUUGAAUGUGGUCUGUCUGUGUUCUCCGUGUUCACAGUUUCCUCUGAAUGAACUGACAGAGCUGCUGAGAAGAGACCUGGCUGCAGCUGGAUUCACAGAAGCCCUCAACUUUGCCUUGGUAAGAAAAAAGAAGACACUAUUUUAUCAACAAUUUACCUCUGAAAGUGGAUCUGAGUGUUUUAUUGGGGUCAAAGAAUUCUCUGUUGCUUCAUAUAAAGCUGAUAUAAUCUCAUUUUGUCAGAUAGAAAUGCCUGGAUUUUUGGUAGAUAAUUCUAAAUAAUACCACAGUCCAAUGUUUUUAAAAAGUACCCACAUGUUACGUUAUCGUAGUAAUCUCUGCGUAUAGACUUUGGGUCUUAGGAUGGAGGAACUUAAUUUCAGUUUGUGGUACCUUUUUUUAAGUGGGUAAUCCAAGUGGAAUUGGCCAAUCACAUACCAGAAAAGCAAGCUGAACACAUCCUGGAAUAAUGACGUCUCAGCUUCUGUGAGCAGCAGUCUGACAUCAGUAUAUUGAUCACAAUAAAAUGUGAUAAUUCUGUCAGCGCAUACUUCCCCUGGUGUUGGUAUGAAACAGUAAACUGUCGUUUCUGCAGACACAUUGAUGGCUUUCCAGGUUGGAUCAUUAGCAUUCACAGCAUCCAGCUGGUUCUCCCACUGCUGCUUCAUUUCACUGACUGUAGGGUUAUAUUUGGGGUCAUGGGCAAGUCAAAUGAGUCAAUUUUCAUACUCCUGCUCCAUAAUAGACUCUUACAAAUUUGCCUCUGGUGUCAAGACUUUGAUCAUUAAAUUUUUAGUAUAUUUUAGUAAUACUCAAUUUACUGUAUGUAUGUUAAUAUCUAUAAACGUGCCCCCUCUCUCCCUGCAGUGCUCUAAAGAAGACAUAGCUGACAAGCUGGGAAAGAAGAUCUCAGACAUCAGGGCUGCUCAUAUCUCCAACCCGAAGACGGCCGAAUUCCAGGUAAAAGGCAUCCAAAUAAUACAGCUACUCCGCCUCACAGUUACAGUUAAAUUUAUUGUUGUUUGACAGAAAGAUGCAUGAAACAUUCUUUCACAGCAUAUACAGAGUAGUUGCUGCACAUACAAGUUAAACCUGUUUUUUCUAUUUGCUUGGACUGCAAAGAAAAGCAUGUCAGUUUAUUGUGGAAUAGUUGAGUUAUUUAUCUUUAUAUUUCAUCUUAGUUAAAUUACUACAGUCUGUGUUUAUUAUAAUACAUGCCACUUUGUAUUGGUCUGUAAUUUUUAUGUUGUCUCAAAUUUUCCUUAAAAUAUCGAGCUGUCAUUUUAAGUUGAUAUUGCCUGUAAUCGGUAUGAAGUUAUUUAAAAACAAUAAUUCAUGGGGUCAGAGAGCCUCAGUCCUGAAAUGUUAUAAACCCCAAGUGACAUUUGAGUCCAUGUCAGCAUCAGCAGGUGAAUGUCAUUUAGAAAGAGCAAUGUGUUAAAAAAAAGAAGAUAUCACCCUAAAAAAAUGUCACCAGUUUUAUCCUAAAAGAGGAAAAAGAUGGUGAUCUGAAAAGCCUACAGUCUCUCCUUUGUCUUAGAAACUGAUUUAAUGAGUUCAGGAGUUUCUCUUUAAUGUAAUUUUUCUCUAUUUAGUCCUCACAUCUUUUUUAUUUUCUGGAAACAAAUCCAAACACUUUCAGCUACAUUAAGUUAUUAACACGUAGUGAUUGUCCCUAAAUCACUUAGUAUAAAGGUGUUAAAAGCACUUAUUUCAUUUGAAGUAUUUCAGGAGGAACUCUGAGAAAAGCAAAAGUACCAGCAACACGGACACGCAUGGUGUGAAACUUGUAGAAGUUGUAGUUUAAUUUGUCCUUAAGAGGGCGCUCCUCUCCUCUCUAAAUGAAUUUUGCUGUACAUCCAGCCUCACUUCUCCUUCUCACCACCAGGUGGCGCGCACAACCUUACUGCCGGGCCUGUUGAAAACCAUUGCCGCCAACAGGAAGAUGCCCCUUCCCCUCAAACUGUUUGAGAUUUCUGACGUGGUGCUGAAGGAUGAGACCAAAGGUAGGCGUCUGAAUGUGUGAAAUCUUACAUAACGUGUUCACACCGUACCCGACCAAACCUUUAAUACUCAGUCUAAAAUCCUGCUGCUGCAGCUCCAAUAUAUGGAAAGACAUUUGGUAUGUGUUAGACAUGAACAUGAAAAUAAAAAUAAUACAUAAAAAUGGAAUAAAAUUUGUAUAGCUGCAAGACAUUUAUUCAGAAAGUGUCUUAUUGUUGGACUGGGUUUAAAACCUGGAUGACAAAGACCCAAAACAAACAGGUGGUUUUCUUUUGCUCCUCAUGUAAAAAAAUAGAGGAUAUUUGAUGUUACAUAAGCCAUGAUCACAUGACAAGUUCAGGUAGAUGUCUUCAUUGUAAGCACAGUUUUCACACCAGUUGUCGGCUUUAUUUACUCAUUAAAAGCAGUUUAAGACCAAUUUUUAUUUUGUAUAUCCUGAAAUGAGAUGUUUAUCUGGAUUAAGAGUUUAUAUAUGAAUACUCAAGUAAUACUUUGACAAUUGUUAACCCCUGCUUAAUUUUGAGUUUAUGUUAUGUGAAUGUAUUACAUUAUCCUUCAUUAAUCAAUUGAUCAUUUAUCAGUAUUGAUCAAAACUGCAGAAACCAGUUUAACCCCAGAAUAAUGUUCAUGAACAUGCACCAUCCGAUAAGUUACUGAGGUCUAACAGUCGCAACGUAAUCAGGGAGAACAGUCAUGAUUUAGUCCCUGAUUUAUUCCUGUCCUAAGUGUCUCUAACACUCCCUCCUACUUCAUCCCACUGACCAGAUGUUGGAGCGAGGAACAGCCGCAGUUUCUGUGCCGUUAACUACAACAAGAGUCCGGGCUUUGAGGUGAUCCAUGGCCUGCUGGACCGAACCAUGCAGCUGCUGGAGGUGAAGCCAGGCAAAGGGGACGGAUACCACAUCCAGGCUGCAGAAGGUAAACGGAUUCACAAACCAGCAGUCAUGUCUAUACAGGAAUAUAAACCGCAGUUUGUUUUUCUGGUAAAUAUCUGAGGGCUGGAUUAAAACUGAGGAAGACAAUCCCGGGACGGAUUUAACCUACAACGUCUCUAUGUUCCUGCCAAGCUGGUGAAACUGAUGAUUCUGGGUCACGUGAGGUUGAUAGGCAGGUUUAGUUGAGAUUAUGUAAAUCCUGUUCAUGACAGCAGGGAUUGCACUGUUAUGUACUUGGAGCAUCAUGGAGCCUAUUUUGAAGUCUGUCCUACAGGCUGGAUUUGACCUCUGCUCAGAUUCAACAUGCAGCACUGAUGGUUAGAGUAAAUCAGGUCAACGAGGGAGCAUAAAGAAAGAAAUCACAAUAAAUCGACGCUUUCAUUCACAGUUAGUCUUAAUUAUCAGCAUUUUUCCCGUGCAGGAAAAAACCGGCAGCACCUGUAGAAAAUUCUCUCCUCUAAACCUUUUCUUUUAAAAUUUCCUCCACAUUCGUGUCUGUUUUCUUCAAUUUGAUGGACGUCCUUGUGUGGUUUGACAUCUUUUUCCAGUUCUUGCAUCACUUUCCUCCUCAUCUCUUUUUUUCUGGCCGUUAAUCUCCAACCCAAAGAUUUUAGAAAUAUCCUCCAAGUUGUUUCCAGUCACUUUUUUGCCACAUGUUGAACAGGAAAUCAUAAAAUUCAUGUGGCUCUGUCUAAUCUAAUACGACCUGUUGUCAUCACUUUCAGACAAAGCAGUACAUCUGAUCUUUCCUUUCACCUGGCUGAUGUCUGACUCAGAUCAAACAAACAGAUCCUCUGACUGCCGUUCAACAUUUUUAUUGGAAUCCGACCCAGUGACUUCUGUGAAAGGCAUUUAAAAUGAUCUUUUCAAACGAGUCAGUUCUCUCGCUGUUGGUCUGGUUUGAAGGAAGUUGAUUUAAGGAGACUCGGCUAAGGAGCAAAGGACUUGAUUUGCAUCCUGUUUGUUUGGGACAUUUCAGAGUGAAGCUUUUAAUUCCCCUGACUCUGCAGUCCAAGAGCAAAGCUGUCAGCUCAAAUAAUAAUGAUUAGAGUCUGUAUUAAAAGCAGCAGGCUUACUCUUAAAAGACGUUAGAUCUGAGUUUGAACCCUAAAAUAGAAAUUGCACAAUGCAUCUUCAGUUUAGUGGUUUUUCCCGUUAAUGCCACCCCUUUAAUGCCAUCACUUCAGCUCUUAAUGGUCCACAUGAACAGCUGCAAAACAUCACUGAAGGUUUCGAAGAUUUAAGAGUUUUUUUUUUUUUUUUUAAAUCUUUGCAGACAUACAAAGUAUAAAUCUAAGCUCUGUUAAGUCUUCAGGAUUAAUUGAUUAGCUCAGAUUGUCGUUGUUUUCGGAGUUGUUUACCAGCACUUCCCAGGCUAAGGGUCAAAAAACGUAGAUAAACAAAGAUGUAAUGAUAUCAGAGUCUCACACUGGGAUCCUAUCAUGCUUUUGCUUCCUUAAGGUUCUUUUUCAUUUAAGCACUCUUCUCUCAACCAACAGUGUUUGAAAUAUGGCCAUGAUGGGAAUUUAUACUUCAGCUCCAGCUUGUUUACCAUCCCUCUGAAUCCUACGUCGUCAACCACAGAAAAUAUCUGCAGUUUCUUGGGGUCUCCUAUUCAGACUUCCAUUUUUUCUGGUGCAUCCCCAAUUAGGGGUUGAUGGAUAUCAGUUUUUCCGUGGAUGACGCCACUAGAGGAGGUCAGCCAGCGGCCGAUUAACAAUGCCAACAUCAGGUUGCUGUUAAUCGCAUUUGACAGUAUGCAAAAACUGUUCAUUUUUCAGAUCAUGAGGAGGGAGCUUUUCAAGUUGCUGAUUUGGUUGUAAAAUAUGCAGCACACAGGCCAGAAUCCAUGUAUUGCACUCCCAUUUGCAUUGAACAGCUGAUGGAUUCUGAGAUAGUGAGAUGUGCAAGUGAUUGAAGCAGAAGUUGGAGCUCUACACAAAUCUUACUGCAUCUCGUUUAUUUGCACCUCAACGUGAAACAAGAGUCGUGCAAACCGUAAUGUGCAUGCAGGAGAAUCAACCUGCGUCUACAUGUGACUCACAAAAACCUGCAAUAAGGUUGUGGCAGAAGACUCAGCUCAGUGUCAUCUCCCUGAUUCAUCUGAUCCUGAGGUCCAGACAGGUUCUGAGGUACAGCACAAACUGAUCUGUGUGCAUUUAGGAUCCCAUACUCCCAGAGAGACUUUCACACACCGUUUAGGGCUCAGUCCUUUCACUUUCCACUCCUCCUUCUCCUCUCUCCUUGGCUUACAUGCUCCAAGGUCACGCCGCAGGAUAUCCACUGCUGGCCCACUUUGACUGCAAAUCAAUGGGCUCAAGUGACAGUGAAUGAGGGCAGUGAGGAGAGGGCGAGACGGACUGAAGAGAGGGAGAAGUGAUGCGACUGGAGGAGGUAUGAAAGCAUGUGAAGCCUGCAGUCUGGAAGAGUGCAUGGGAGUCACGUCACCCAGUUCUGCAGUGCUGAGCAGCAACACAGGCUGGCACAUAGAGCACCCACCCACGGGUGCACAGAGUGUCCAUCUGACAGGCACACACACUCAGUGCGAGCUGAAAUGGACGCACAGUCUGCACUAAUGCACGACACACUGGGCACACACUCCCACUCUGCCUCUAUUUUUUUCCACACUUCAUGCACCAUUAGCCUAACCCCUCCUCCCUCCACACACACAUAUGUCAGCGUGUCCUUAACCCCAUUAUAAGGUCCCGACCCCAGCCUGAGAGCUCACCUGAUGCAGACGCAUGCUACAGGAUGAGUCCAUCAGCGGUGCGGCUAACUCACCGUUACAGAGUGAAAGAGUGGCCGAGGGAAUACACAUCAACUGAGUUUCUUCCACUCAGCGGGAAGAGAGGAUGAAAUAAGGAGUCAGGGGAUCAGAAGUGGAGGAAGAAACCACUUAGGAGACAGAUGCCUGUGUUUCACUUAACAACUGUGUCCAAUGCAAAGUCCCGGCCCGGAGACCCUUUGUUACAGGAGAGUCCGGGAGUUCAUAAGACUCCAUUUGUUCAAUAAUUGACCUGAAGUGCUCAGACUUCAGGAACUGAUAUUUUUGUGUCAGCUCCUCAUUCGAAAAGCGGAUGUGCUGAAAAUCGGACAACUUUCACCUGUGAGUGUAUAAGACACACUGUAAGGAUCUUUACAAACAACUUGACUGUAGAUGACUCCAGAGACUUGGGCAACUUAUGCUAAAGUAGUUUAUGUCAUAUUCUAUUAAAGAGGAGAGCACAGGGCCAUCCCUCCUGCAGCACGUUUACUUUUGAAAUUCACAACCUUCAUUUGUUGGACAUUGUGCAGUUUGUGGUUCAGUCUGAACUGAGGUGGAUAAGAAAGCUCCUUAGUUUUUUGUACCUUUUUAUCUGGAACAUGAACAGUCUGAUUUCAAGCUGCAAAACUCUGUUAGUCUGAAGGCUCUGAAAUCUUCAGGGAAAAAUCUUGAAGCCAGGUUUUCCGUGUGCAAAUGUCUCCCUCUGAUCUUAGCGGGACAACCCGCGCUAAAUAAAGAUAAUAAAAAACAUCUUUGAUUCCAGUGCAGGCCGCUUGGAGUGAUUUCAACAGCAGCAAAGUCUCUCUUUCUCUUCCCGCUCACUCAGUCAUUCCCCUGUGCAGGUGUGAGUGAAUUAUUGCCUGAUUGAAUUAUGAAGCAAGAUAAGAUUUCAACUCAAACACUUCACCUUAUUUCUGCAUGGGUUAGGUUGCACCACAGUGAGUCAAUGAAACAUGCUUUUGGCAGCAAGUGCAACAAGUUCUUCCAGGGUGUAUGCGAUGAGGAAAAUGCAGAAGCUGGUGCACACUGCAUGUUUCCCAGCUUCUUCGUUGGCCGCUCGGCUGCUCUGGUAACAUCAGGAGGCGUGAUGGGUUAACCUGAUACCACCGUCUCCCUCUCUAACUGGGCUGCUGAAAGCUCUGCUGCAAGUUGGAAGAGAGUGGGCGAAAAAGUGGCCCGGCUCAAGUGUAGGAUUUUCAUUGACUGAUUAGUUAUUUAAGAUGUACCGGAGUUAUUUAUAUGGUUGCCAUGGCAGCACACUCAUAGUACAAGUACAUGACGUGUGUGGACACAAGCUACUUCGGCCAAUUUAAUUCACCCGACAGAGACGGAACAGGCGGAUGAGAGAUGUGGCAGAAUAUCCUGCUGUUUCUUCACAUGCACACGCACACACACACACACACACACACGCACACACACACACACACACUAUAAAGUCCAGCCCAUGUGUGUUGUAAGCCAUCAAAAACUUGAUGAGUGAACAUCUAAGCAGUGGGCUCUGGAAGCCAUUAGGAAGGCAGCGUGGGAAGAAGCAGUGCACUAUGGGAGAAUGCCAUGUCUGUGCAUGUGUGUGGGGGGGGCUGUUGUCACGGCAACCCCUGUAUCUUGUUAAAUCGCUGACCAGUGUGCGUCUGUCAGAGUGGUCUGAAGAAAAAAAUACGCCUCGCACAUCCAGAAGUGUGGCGUCAUCAUCUCUCUGUGGAUGAACACUUCUGACUCCCUCUGGACCGGAGUGACCUUCACUCCUGACACACACACACAUACACACUGAAGCAUCAGAUUUUAAUCAGAAGAGAGGAAGUGUGUGUCUGAAAUUGAUGGAUUCAUGAAAUCUAAUUAUAGCCAAAUGGCCUGCGGAGGUUGUUGCUGAAGAGUAAUGACCUGUGACAUUUUCACAUAAAGCAUGCUGCUCUGUCAGAGACUGAUAUUAAACAACACAGAUCCAGCUCAAUCCCCGUCCAUCAAGGCUUCUGCUUUUUUCACUUUUUCUUCAAAGUCUAUCUGGUUCACAGAACACGAGUCCUUUCUCAGCUCUUGUUUUGUUUAGGGAAACAAUGAUUGAUUUCUUCCAAUGUGGUUUGAUGAAUACUUGUCAAAAGAAAAUCCAGAACCAAGAGGCAGCACAUCACCACGCAUGCUGCUUGCUGGAAUCGUGAUCUGCAAUACCACUUGCAAGAAUCACAACUCCAAAAGGUUUAAAAAUGAAGAUUUUAUUAAACCCCGAUCUUCAGAAGUGCUCUUUUUUUCUGCUUCUAAAGUUUUUGUCGAGAUAGUGGCAGAAAAAGGAUCCAAAAACCCCCAGAUCAAGCAGAUGGUUUGUUAGUCACAUUACAUACUGGUUAAAAAUAGUUUGCAUGGGUACAAACAGAUUGCUACAAGUAAGUGGAGGUGUUGUAAUAAAAAGCAGCUACAAAAGCAUGAAAGUGUUGGCUUUGUGUAGAAGAAGAAGAAUCAGUCAGUGCCAGAUGGAUUUGUUCUCCACGAGGACAGCUCGGUUUCAGAACAACAGACCUUGCUUAUAUGUUUUGCACACACUCCACCUGUCUCUUUUAAGUCUAUUUUUCUCAUGCAAAACAAAAACUGAUCUUUAUUUUAUGCCACACAAGCUCCAGCAGACCUGACACUAAGCCUGCAGGAUACGAAGCAAUUUAAUUUUGAGGUAUCAGUGAUAGAACAAAAGCUCAUGUUGCCUGUUUCACUUCACUCUCCCUGCAGACCUGAGAUUGUUUGGUGUUUGCACAAAUAUCAUCUUCACAUUUUACUGUCUUUGGGUUUGUUUUCCUCAGCUGAUGACCCGCCCACAACACUAUCUGAUUGGCGACCAUCACACGAGGCUUUGGUGUAACUGCGCUUUGACUGGUUAACUGUUAAACUUUAACACAAGGUUUAAAGUUUCAGUUUUGUUAAACAUUGUCAAUGUUAAUUUUGAUUUAGUUUUAGUGUUUUUAAAAAAUUUGGGGUUCAUCUUGGUGUUUUUUAGUUUUGCUGUUGUUUUAGUCAGGACCAUAGACUGUAUAAAGAAUGGACAGAGCCUGCCUCCUUGUUGGGUGAGGCCACUCCGAGAACAGCACCCUCUGUUGAUGGGCUGCAGUAUAGGUCAUAAAUCCCGCCUCCACCAGCAAAGCUUAUGGAGCUGUGGACAAACUGUAGAAAGAAUAUACAGAAUAUACAUUUUUCUCCCCCCUGUUUAUGAUGUUGACAUGUAGUUACAGUAAGACUGGUUUGUGCUCAAGUCCUCUUUUUUUCUGUGAAGCUCCGUUUUUAAAAGUUGUUAGGGGGUUCACGUUUUCUAUGAUUGACACUUGAUACAGCCUAUGGGCAUUCAGGGAUUGUGUAGCUCUCCCAGAGGAUACGCUGUUUGAGCCGAGCAUCAUCCCAGCGACUCUCGGCGACUGCACGGCCGAAUGCGCGCAUCGCUACUGCGCAGCUCUGGUUUCAGGAAAUGAAGAAAAAUCCCGGAAAUACCGAGAGCUUUUUGGCUUCAAAUGCGUAUACAGGCGGUAGAUGGAACCAAGUUGUCCAUAGAAUAUACAGUCUAUGGUCAGGACUUAGUCAGAGGAACUCAUUUAACAAGCUUUAGUCAAAACUUUCUCACUUUGUUUGGCUGUCUUUGCUGAGAGCCUGUUUUGAAACGUGCAAUGAGUCCCAUUUCAACAACAAAACCCACUUUUCACUUCAUGAAGGUACAUUUAACUGAAUUGAAGGAGGUGGUUGAAUACAGGAAGGCAGCUCAGCUCCUUUUAAUUUAAUGAUUGGUGAAUGUAGUAAGGUAUGCUAAUCGCCAACAGGUGUUCGGUUGAGUUUUUCUACCCAGUCAAAGACUGCUACCGUAGCCUGGUUUAGAGCUGAUUAUAGAAGUCAGAUUUUUGUGAACAUUAAAUUCAGAGAGUUAUUGCGUACUUGUGUCAGCAAAUCAUCAUAUAUCGUCAUCAUUUACCCAAGCAGACGUUUUUGUCUCCCAUCUUGUUACCUCAUCAGGAAUGAUGCGCAAAGUCUUGUCUUCAAAAGAAGUUGUGCUGUAGCAUCUGUAUACGAGUCACAUUCUCCUCCUGCAGAGCUCAACUUGCCAAUACAGAUGUGAUCAAUUUAAUGAUAAUCUAUUCUGAUUUUUUUAUUCUUGCUUUUAGAUUCCACCUUCUUCCCUGGGCGAUGCGCAGAGGUCUAUGUCCGAGGACAGAGCGUGGGCCGUCUCGGGGUCCUCCACCCGGACGUCAUCAACCGCUUUGACCUUACGAUGCCCUGCUCAGCGCUGGAGAUGGACCUCGAGCCUUUCCUGUGAUUUCACCUUCCUAAAGCUAAAUUUUGGUUCAAAUAACACAGUUUACAUCCUCAGAACAAAACACAAGGCAAUCAUUUUUAUAAGUAAAAUGUAUCAGGUUUAAAAAAUAUAUAUAUUAAAAAGAGAACGGGUUCUUAAACGAGUGAAAUCAUGUGGAAACUAAAGGAGCAAACUGCAGCAUUAGUAUGUAGAGCCACUGUGUUUAUAUCAGAAAUGAGGCUGUUUUUACUGAAGUCAGAGCAAUUAAAAAUGAACAAGACUUCAUUGUGUUCCUGACGUGACUGGUGCGUGUCUUUGUGUCCGUGUAUGUGUGUGUGUGUGUGUGUGUGUGGGCUUGUUCAUGCAUGCCUGUUCUUAAUUUAGCUCACUCAUGCCUUGGGGUUGGAGCACAGUAAUUAAACUCAGUGACUCAUUACCUGUUGCUUUGUUGCCUUGGUUCUUCCAGCGGCCUCACUGCAGAAACCGCCCUCACACAUGAUGUCCCCAUGCAGGAAGUCAUCAAGCACAACUUCCCUACGCAAGAAGAUUCCUCGAAGGUCCCGCCCUCCCGCCCCACUUCCACAAAAACUGUGUUUGGGGACAUGAGCAUGCCCACCGGCCUUAAAGCUCUUAAUGACUUUCUGGCUGAUAAAAGCUACAUUGAGGGCUUUGUUGCGUCCAGGGCUGACGUAGAAAUGUUUGAAGCCAUCCCGUCUGCUCCCUCGCCAACCUUCUGCCACCUCACACGCUGGUAUAACCACAUCAAGUCCUUCCAGAGAGAACGAGCCGGCCUCCCUCCAGCUAAGACUCAGUUCGUUCUCCCGGUCGCUCAAACAAACGACGCCAGUGACGAUGACGACAUCGACCUAUUCGGCUCAGAUGACGACGAAGAAGAGAGCGCAGAGGCGGCGAGAAUCAAGGAGCAGCGCCUGGCCGAGUACGCCGCCAAGAAGUCCAAGAAGCCAGCUCUCAUUGCCAAGUCCUCCAUCUUGCUUGACGUCAAACCCUGGGACGAUGAGACGGACAUGAGCAAGCUGGAGGAGUGCGUGCGAAGCGUCUGCAUGGACGGGCUGCUGUGGGGGCAGUCCAAGCUGGUCCCCGUGGGCUACGGCAUCAAGAAGCUCCAGAUAGGAUGCGUGGUGGAGGACGAUAAAGUAGGCACAGACCUGCUGGAGGAAGCCAUCACCGCCUUCGAGGAGUAUGUUCAGUCUGUGGAUGUGGCUGCCUUCAAUAAGAUCUGAAUCCGUCUGCUGAACGGUACCAUCUGAUGUCUGCUGGUCUUGGGUGUAAGAUGACGGGAAAUGAAGCUAAACAUUCAAGCACUAAUUUAACGUCUAUGUAACACAACAACCAACAACGCUCAGGUUCUUCAUUGAAAAGACUGUUAAACCUUUUCAUAGAAACUCUUGCAUUCAAAGAUCAAAUAAAGCCACUCUAACUUUUGAACAAGUACUUUGAAGCUGUUAUUGUGUGAUGCACGUUUUAGAGGUUAUAAGUUCAGACUUCCUCUAUAUCUGCUGGUGCUUGACUGUCAAUUCAAAGGGUAAUAGUUACAUCUUAGAGCCUCCCAUAUGAAAGCGGAGUGAGCAGAUAAGAAGACGUCUUGUAAAUUCAGUCUGACAGGUGCUCCGGCAUUCCUACAACCUCUACUGUAGCAAAAGGGAGGUUAACUCUUUCAUUACUGCCUCCAAAACAAACCAUGACAAGUACUAUACCUAUACCGGUUUAAACCUGCUCAGUAAUACGACGUAUAGGGCAGAUACAGGCCGGUGCCAGUGAAAUCAAAAUGUCAGUUAAACUGGUUUACAAAGGUUUAUUCUGCAGACUGGUGCUGGCAAGUCUGGCUAAGGGUGGGGUUCUUCCAGUGGGAAAAUACUGAAGCAUGUGGAGCUUCUCAGAUACUCUCCUAUAGUGCUAAGACAACAUAUCAAAUGUUUCAAAACAAGGAAUAUGUAUACUUAACUCAAAAAUGAUGUGCUUGUUUUAUAUUUGGUAACAUCUAAAUCUUGAACUAAGUUCGUAUAGGGUCAUGCUUUCCAUUAAAUGUAAUCAUCUCUUCUUUUAGCAACACUCUGUAAACAUUAGUGAACCCAGGAGACCAGAUUAUGAAGUUAGGAGAGAGACAGUUCAGUGUCUCUUUUGUUGUAAUUGUCAUUGCAUUGUGCAGCAUGUUUUCAAUGGAGUCAGGACUUUAGUCAGUCCAGUUUCUCAGCAGGACUCUUCUCCUACAGAGCCAUGCUGUUGUAAUCCCUGUUGUCAGAAUGUGGUUUGUCAUUGUCUUGCUGAAAUAUGAAGGUCUUCCCUGAAAAAAAGUCUUUGGAUGUCAGCAGAUGUUGCUCCUAAACCUGUAGAUCUUGUUCAGCAUUAAUGGAGCCUCCACAGAUGUGGAAGAUACCCAUUACAUGGUCUUUGAUGACCCCCAUACCAUCAGGGAUGCUUGUUUUGAACUGGGAGCUGAUAACAAGCUAAGUGGUCCAUCUCCUGUUUAGAGCUUGGUUCCCAGGAUCUAUGAGGUCAUAAAACUGUAUGAUUUUGAUCCUUCCACUUACCUCAGUCCAUCUUAAAUGGGCUCAGGUCCAGAGAACUCUCUGGUGUUUCUGGAUUCUGUCUCUGGUUUCCUCUUUUUUUAGUUCAGUUUUAACCUCAUUAGUGGAUGCAGUGAUGAACUGUAUUCACAGUCAAUGGUUUUAGAGGUGAUUUUGAGUCCAUGCAGUGAUUUCUACUCCAGAGUCCUGUCUGUUUUUCAUGCAGUGCUGUCUAAGGGUCUGGAGAUCAGGACCAUCCAGUCUUGGUUUUGGUCCUUGUCCCUUUAGUACAGAGAUUUCUCCAGAUUCUCUGAAUCUUUUAAUGAUAUGAUGUUCUGUAAAUGAUGAAAUCCACUCAUUCUUUCACAUUUGACACUCAGGAACAUUAUUGUAAAAACUGUUGUUCUAUUAGCUCACACAGUCUUUCACAGAGUGGUGAACCUCUUCCAUUUUGUCCUCUAACAGACUCAGCCUCUCUAAAUGUCCUUUUUAUACUCAGUCAUGUUACUCACCUGUUGGAAAUUCACUUCAUUAGUUAACCUCCAUUGGCUUUUUUUUUUUAAAGAUUACACAACUUUUCACCAGUUUGUUGUCCCCAAACCAAUGUAAAUAUGAAUUUAUAUUUUUCAUAGAAAAAUUUUUUUUUGAAACCAUACGUUAAGGUGUUUUUUUGUUUUUUUUUUGCAGUUCGGCAGCAUUACAAAUGUUUGAGAAUUGAGAAAAAAGUUGUGACUCGAUAUUUUAUCUAAAUGAUUUAUUAGCUCUUAGCCAGCUCAGUCACAGCAACUUUUCUGUAAAUCAUUGCAAGCAAAACUGUGUAUAAGAAAGUUAACAUGUUAAAAACAACAUGCUACAUAUUGAAAUAAAUAUGUCAAAUAUGUGA